UCAAACCGUCCACGACUUUCCACGCGCCAUUCCUUAUAUCCCUCCAUGUAAACAACCCUGCCACUCCACUGACGACUCCCCUGUUCCGGGUCAUUCCCGUUCAUGGAUUCUCCGGCGCGCCUCCUCUUCUCCUUCCUCUGUUGCUCCCCUCUCUUCUUCCAUGCCGGCUCCUCAGCCGUCCCCCGCUCCAAGCAUGACGCUGAGCUUGACGCCCUCUUACGCCUCCGCAAAUCUCUCGCCGUCGCCGACUGGCCAGAUAGGUGCGACCCCUGCUCCUGCUGGACCGGCCUCAACUGCAGCUCCGACGGCACUGUUUCUAUCAAUCUGACCUCUGUUCGUCGAAGUCACCGCGACCGGUCAGGAGCGGCCGUCGACUACGACUUCAACGGACUCAGUAACCUCACCUCCUUCGACGCCUCCGGCUUCCCGCUCACCGGUCCCAUCCCUGCUGCCCUCGGCGACUCCAAUUCCCUCACCUUCCUCUCCCUCGCCCGGACCGGAGCCUACGGCAGCAUCCCAGAGGGCCUUUCCCGGCUCAGCCAGCUCACCGUCCUAGACCUCUCCGGCAACUCCCUCGACGGGACGAUCCCGCCGGGGCUCAGCAAGCUCCAGAAACUCCAAACGCUGAACUUAUCCAACAACAGACUUUCCGGUACAGUCUCAGCGGAGCUCGGCGGCCUCUCCUCCCUCGUCUCCCUCGAUCUCAGCUUCAACUCACUCUCCGACGGUGUGCCAGAGGACCUCUUCUCGGGGCUCUCGGAGCUGCGUUCCAUCAAAUUGGACCACAACGACUUCUCAUCGGAUCUCCCUAAAUCUAUUUUGAAUCUGACUAAGUUGGUACUCCUCGAUGUCUCUAACAACAAUCUCACCGGCAAACUUCCAGUCGACGAUGAGGUCGGCAGCGGCAACACUAAUGGCCAAGGCGGCGUCUUUAACCUGUCUCACAAUCUAUUCUACGGAUCGAUUCCUGCUGAAUUCCAAGGGAUACUUGUCCGAAGAUUCAGCGAGGUGGAUCUCUCCAGCAAUUAUUUCGAAGGGAGAGAAUUCGCCGGCCAUCUCAAUGCUUCGUGGAAUUGUUUUACUUUUGCACAGAAACAGAGGCCGCCGACUGAGUGCAAUAGCUUCUACACGGAAAGAGGCUUCGCCGUCGAUUCACUGACUGCUUCCGGCAGCAAAAGGACAUGGAAUCGGUGGUAUUCAUUGGUGGCUGCUAUAUUUUGUAGUCUGGCUGUCACCGUUGUCUUUCUCAUUUUUAUGCUCUGCGUCAGUAGACGCAGAGCUCGUUUGAACGCUACCGCCGGCAGCGGCAGCCUCCCUCCGCCUUCCGGAGUAGCAGAACCGCCAUCAUCUUCUUCUGCAACUCCCGGCGACGGUUUCAGCUACGACCAGUUACUAAAGGCCACGUCGGGUUUCAGCGCAGCUAAGCUCAUCAAGAACGGGCACUCCGGCGACCUUUACCGCGGCGUGCUGGAAGACGGAAAAGAAAUUGUGGUGAAGAGAAUCGACCUGCAAUUCGCGCGAGGAGAAUCCUAUUUGGCCGAACUGAACUUGCUCGACUCUGUUUCCGGCGCCGCCCGAUUGGUUCCGUUCCUCGGCAGCUGCUCGGAGAAGGAAAACGUGAAGCUUCUCGUCUACGAGUACAUGAAGAACGGCGAUCUCACCGCUGCUCUGUACAGGAAAUCCGAGGUCGACGGCGACGAUUCGCGGACACUAGAUUGGAUAAAGAGGCUCAAGAUUGCGAUCGGCGUCGCAGAGGGACUCUGUUUUCUGCAUCACGACAGCAAUCCUCCACUGGUCCAUAGGUCUGAAAUCGAUAACGAUCCUUUAUUCAAUCAUUCCGAUGAUUUAUUUUGCUCUGCUCGCAGGGAUAUCGAAGCGAGCAGCAUCCUUCUCGAUGAUAAGUACGAGGUCCGGUUGGGGAGUCUCGGCGAAGUUUGCGCGCAGCAAUUCGACGUCCGCCAGAACGUGCUCGCCAGAAUCCUGAGACCGUCGCAGAGUUCCAAUCGAGGGGUGUCGGGCUCUUCCACCGCGACGUGCGCCUUCGACAUAUACUGCAUGGGGAAGGUGCUUCUCGAGAUCAUCACCGGAAAGCCGGGGAUCAGCGGCUCCGACAGCGCCGCCACGAACAAGUGGCUGAAGCAGACGGCGGCGUGCAUCGGCAUCAUGGAGAAGGAGAUGGUGGCGAAGAUCGUGGACCCGCGGCUGGUGGUGGACGACGACCACAUGGAGGAGGUGUGGGCGGUGGCGGUGGUGGCGAAGGCGUGCCUGGACCCGCGGCCAGCCAAGCGACCGCUGGCGAGGCACGUGCUGAAGGCGCUGGAGAGCCCGUUGAAGGUGGUAAGGGAAGUGAACCAGCCGAGCUUUUCUUCUUCCCGGGGCUCGUGGCAGAGCGCGUUGAUCGGCGGGUGGCUGCACAGCGUCUCCAGCGUCGCCUCCCUCGGGCCGGUGGGGGAAGAGGGGCUGAAAUCCAGGUCUCCUGUGAGUAACGAAGCGGAUACGGACAUCGUGUGAAAAGGAAUUUGAAUUCCUUGCGCCGAUGGUAAGGUCAACUUCGUUGUCAUUGGGGAUUAUUGCCGUGAAGACAUAGUUAGUGUCUAUUUUUGUACAUUGAAUGUCUGUAACCAUUGAUUCGAUUC